GAGCAUAAUUCUGGUGUUUUCUCUGUAGCUUUCAAUUCUGAUUCGUCUCGAGCGGUCACUGUGUCUCGCGAUGGAUUUUGGCGAGUGUUUGAUACUGAUAUUCGUUAUCAAGCAGGACAAGAAGCACAAGUCCUUAAACGAGGUGAAUGGACGGUAUUGAAAGGAGCUAGCGCAGAUCGCGUUCGGCUAGCGAUGAGUCCUUCAGGUGGAAGCUUUGCAGUAGCUUGCGGAUCUGCAUUGAAGGUGUUUAGUAGUGAGGAUGCUAACAGGGACUUUCCGGAGUUACCUAAUGUUCAUGGCGAUCAACCUAUUCAAGUCAUCCGAUACUCUCCUUGUGGUCGACUCAUAGCAACCUGCGGUGAUCGCUAUGUUCGUGUCUUUCGCAAUGUUCCAGAGUACCACAGCCAGGUGAUCCGUCUUGGAAAG